CAGGUGUGCGGCAUGCGCCCGGUGUGAGGCGUGCGCGUGCGGGGCAGGGCGCGGUGCGCGUGCCCUCGUGCGCCCAGGCCGCGUGGCCCGGGUGCUGCGCCCUGCGGCGUGGCUCCGCGGAGGCAGCGUGCGGCGCAGCCGGCCCUGCGCAGUGCCGGGCCCAGCCCCAGUGCUGCCAGCGUGGAGCCGCCCGCGGAGCCGCCUGCGCCGGGCCAGGUCGCGGGAUGAGGACGCUGCGCGUGGCCCUGCUGGCGCUGCUGCUGCUGCCGGCGGCGGGGGCCGCCCCCAGGGACGGGCUGCACCGGCCGGAGCCCCCCCCGGCUGUGGGGCUGGAGCCCGGCGAGGACCCGCUGAGCCCGGAGGUGCCUGUGCUGGGGCUGCUGCGGAGCGCCGCGGAGCGCCUGGGGCCGCCGGAGCCGGGCCUGACGCCGGAGCAGGCGCUGCUCUACCUCCUGGCGCUGCACGACCACGACGGCAGCGGGCGGCUCGACGGGCUGGAGCUGCUGCGGCUGCUGAGCGAGGCGCUGGCGCGGGGCGACGCGGGGCGCCCGGCCCCGGACGCGGUGGCCCUGCUCGUGGACCGCGUGCUGGAGACGCAGGACCUGGACGGUGACGGGCUGCUGGACCCCUCCGAGCUGCUGCUGGCGCCCGGCGGGGACCGGGGCGCCCCAGCCGCGGGGACCGGCCUCGUGCGGUGGCCGGAGCCGGAGCCGGAGCCGGAGCCGGGCGCGGAGCUGAGCGCCGUGGGGCAGGGCCCGGCCGUGGGGCAGGAGCUGCCGGGCAGCGCCGCCCCCUCGGAGGCCGAGGUGGCCCCGGUGCUGGGGGACACUGGUGACAUGUAGGCUGGGGACGGCUCCGGCAGGGCCCUGCCUGCCCCCCCCCCGUCCCCCCCCGUGGGCCCCGGUGUGCGUGGCGGCAGCGUGGCACGUGGUGCCGGUGCAGUGCAAAGCACAGUGCCAGUGCAGUGCACCGUGCCGUCACCGUGCACGGGGCCAGUGCAGUGCACAGUGGCAGUGCAACGCACGGUGCCAAUGCAGUGCACGGUGCCGGCACAGUGCUGAUGCCGUGCGCAGUGCAGUGCUGUGCAGAGUGCUGGUGCAGUACAUGGUGCUGGUGCAGUGCACGGUGCAGUGCAAUGCAGUGUUGGUGCAAUACCUGGUGCAAUACAUGGUGCUGGUGCAGCACACGGUGCAGCGCAA